UAGGGAAGGUGGAGAUAAUCUAGAAAUGCCCAUUUCUUUUCAUUUUCCUCAAAACCCCAGAAAUUCUUUAAUAACUGUAUAGCUGAAACAAAUCAUGAGAGGGACAGAGGCGGAGAUUUGUGUGUGUCUGAGCGAGUGAGUUUUUUUAGAGAGAGAGAGAGAGAGAAGGCGAGGAAAAAGCAGAGAAUAAAAAGAGACCGGAUGUUGACAAAUUUCGUGUCACUGUUCUUAGAAGGUCGUUUGUUAGUGUGAAGAUUUCUUAUCUGGGAUCUCUCUCUUUCUCUCUCACUUUCUUCAAAAUAAAAUACUUUGUUUAUAUCAACAGUAAAUACAUACAGUUGCGGGGAGAAAUCCUUUGUUUUUUUGUUUUCUUAAACUCCCCUUCUCUCUCUAAAAGUGCUGCCUUUUCUCUUCGUAGAUAGAGAGGGAGAGGGAGAGGGAGUGCCCAGUAGAUCGAAAUCUCCAAUCCUUAGUUGAGUUUGAUGAGGAUCUGGCUUCUUCAAUACACACUCAAUUAAUUCCUGCCUUGUUUCAUUUGCCAAUUAUUAGUAUUACCUUUUUUUCCCUUCAAUUUGGGUUAGUGGAAUACUGUGAAAAGAGCCUCAGAAUUCACAUGAUUCCGACCCUUAUUCACCUGGAGAUACUGUCGGAUGAUUCAAUCCAUGAGGGAUUCUUGAGAGCAGGCUGUUUCAAGAUGUGGGUCUGAGUUUCACAAAUUUAUUGGUGCCAUUGGUUGGGAAUCGGGGUGAUUGGAUUUAAGCAUUUUUCUCGCUGGUUCGUAUAUUUCCUCAUAUUUGGGGACUAUUUCAGUUUGAUGUGUGAUCAUCGAUAGCGAUGAAUGGGAACAAAAGUAGAUAGCAAGAGCUAUUUUCCGGGAUAUUACUCCAUGAGAGAUCUUAAUGAGGAUUCUAGCAGUAGUAGCUGGCCCCUUUGUUACGGAGAUAAGGCUAUCUCGAACGGGCAAUAUUACAAUGGCUUCAUGCCUAGGACAGCAAUGGAUGGUUAUCCUGGGUAUGGCAAGGAUGCAUUGAAGCAGAAAAUGCUUGAACACGAAGCUGUUUUUAAGAAUCAGGUUUAUGAACUCCACCGUCUUUACCGGAUCCAAAGAGAUAUGAUGGAAGAAUACAGAAGGAAAGAACUUCAUAGAAUCCGACCAUCAAUAGAACCAUCGUCAUCAUCAAGUCUCAGAGGGCCUCAAGUGCCCUCAGAAGAAGCUCGGAAAUGGCACAUGACGGGCUUUCCUAUGUUAAAUUCUACUUAUGAAAGAACAUCUAUCUCUGGGAUUGAAAUUGCUAAUUCUCCUAUGAGUUGUACCAAAGGGAACACCAACUUGCAACCUGGUCAGUUCCCAUUCCAGAAUGGGUCUUCUUCUGUAAAAGACUCCGAACUGUUAGACUCAAGACCGUUGAAGGUGAGGAAGAAGUUGUUCGAUCUUGAACUACCAGCGGAUGAAUACGUUGAUACUGAUGAAGGCAAAGAGUCACUGGAUUGCAAAGGCUCUCAUGUAUCAAGUUAUGCUCACAACGGAAAUCUGAAAAGUGGACCUGAAACUCAGAAGUCAUCUCCUGUUGGGCAUAUUGGUGCAACAACUAAUUGUAGGAUAGAUGUCUCAGCUUCUGGUUCUUGUCUGAGGAACCCUAUUAGAUUGGCUGAUCUAAACGAACCCAUUGAUGUUGAAGAGGCAACUGCUCCUUCGUCAACUGAUUUCUUUGGUCAUAGCUCAAUCAAUCGACCUAGUAAUGGUGUAAAUCAGCAUGCUAUAUCAAACGCAGGUUUUUUAGGUGCAAAUGCCAAAACAGCACAUUACCGGGAUGGUUUUUUGACUAAUUCGUCUGUUGAGAGUAAAGUUAAUGAAAGGGGACCUCUCUCCCAUAUUUAUGAAGCAGGGUCCAGCAAAAGUAACUUCAAUUCAGUAACUCCCAGUCUUCAGCAAGAGAAGUCUCAUCCAGUGCAAUGCAUGCUCAAUCCACACGAUCAUCCUCCUGGAAUUUAUCUGACUCGACAUAGUAGAGAAGAGUCUUGGAGGGAGGGAAACCACCAUCAUCUCGAAUCUUCUGAUAGAAAUCGCGAUCACUCCAAUAAUAGAUUCAUGGGGCCCCAUAUGGCUUCUCACGCCCCUGGUUCAGACCCAUUCUUUAGUUUGUCUUAUUUUUCUGGUACCUGGGCCCAUGCCGUCUCAUCCUGGGCGAAGCCAGCUAAAAACUUUACUCAGAAGAUGACCGCCUUGGAUUCAUGUCUGAAUCCUGCUGCAGCAAUGGAUAGAGGACUGCAGAUUUCAGCAGAGUGCCGGGAAAACUUUGGAGGAAAGUGGCAUGCGGGUGAUGACUUCAGGCUGAACCCUGGUUUGGGAGGUGAAGUGUCGACACGGAAUGGGUUUUACCAAGGAUCUGCCUCAGGGUCAAAAGAAAUAAAAGUUCACUUGCCCUCGCCGGGCUUUGAUUACCUUAACUGUAGUAGGGGUGAAAAUGUAGCAUCUGACCGCAUGACUAAUCAUGGAUACGGGAAUUUUCCUAAAGGAUCCUCCUUUGCAGAUUCAAAGCCUGCAAUAGAUAUUAACUUGAAUGAGGUGGUUUCAAAGAGCUCGUCUAAUGAGGUAACAGUCCUGCAAGAUGUUGCUACAGUAGAUGAAAAAGGUAAGCCCGAGGGCCAACUAUCUUCAUUGCCCUGGCUUAAAAAUAAGCCGGCCCGUGCUAAUGAUGCUGCAAAUUCUAGAAGCUACGUCCGUGAUUCUUCCAAUCAAUUGUCUUGGAAGGCUGAAACAGUUACAGAUCUAAAUGAGCCAUUCACCCCUACAGUUAACAUGGAUUCGAGUGAGACGAAGACAGAGAUGAUUACCAGGAACCAGAAUGUUAAGAAAAUUCUGGGGUUUCCGAUUUUUGAAGCUGGUGAUCUGAAAAAUGAGCCCUUUUCCCAUGUUUCCACCUCGGCAAGUUUUAGUUGCCCUCGUGAUGGAAAUGGUGUUGUUAAGGAAAGGAAGAAUAGAGUAAUUGAUAUAAAUCUAGAGUGUGAACCAGAAGAAGAGGCUGUGGAGAAAGAAAAGCAAACAAAAUGUGGCGUUGUCAGAGACUUCAUCGACUUGAACUCGUGUAUAACUGACUGUGAAGAUGCUUUAGCACCUUCUUACGAGAGCAAGACUGCCAACAGUAAGGUGAUUCUCGACAUAGAUUUGGAAUCUCCUGUUCUUCCGGAGAAAGAGUCCAAUGAGGAUGCUGCAGGUGCUGUAGUAUCCUUACUGUCGGAGAAUAAAACUGAUUCAUCACAGGACGAGGUUCUUAGAACUGCAGCUGAAGCGAUCGUUGCCAUGUCAUCAUCCUGUCCGAAAAUCCAUCUAGAGGAGAGUGACAGCAUUGAUCUUCUGGAAGCUUCUUUGGCAGAAUCGUUCGUGUGGUUUGUCAAUGCUGUGUCCUCAUGUCCAGAUGAAAGUGCGUUCGCAGAUAAAGAUGGCUUGCCAAAGGAUUUAUCUGUGGAGAUGGACGAUUUUGAGGCAAUGACGUUGCAAAUUCCAGAGACGAAGGAGGAAGAUUACAUGCCAACACCCUUCGUACCUGAUGUCCUGAAGAAUGAAGACGCUGGGGGCAAUACAGUAACAAGGCCCCGAAGGGGUCAGUCGAGGAGAGGGAGGCAGCGGAGGGACUUCCAAAGGGAUAUCCUUCCCGGUCUGACAUCAUUGUCGCGCCAUGAGGUGACUGAGGAUAUCCAGACAUUUGGGGGUAUGAUGAGAGCCACAGGGCAUCACUGGGUUUCGGGGCUGGCUAGAAGAAACGGCACCAGAAAUGGGAGUGGUCGGGGCAGGAGACGAGCUGUGGUGGAGACGGUCCCUGCUGCCACUCCGACUCCACUGAUACAGCAACUCAACAGCAUUGAAGCUGGUUUGGAGGAUAGAAGCCUAACAGGGUGGGGGAAGACGCCGAGGCGCCCCAGAAGACAGAGAUGCCCUGCAGCAGGUAACCCUCCUGCUGUGGUGUUAACUUAAUAAUUGAGAGAAAGAAAAAAGAGAGUACAUUCCUUUAUUGAUCAUAGAGAAAACACAAGAGAUGAGGGAUCUUGUUUCAUCACUUUUAAGAGAGAGAGAGAGGGAGACUGUGUUGCGGUCUUGGUAAUUUGUCUUGUAAAUGUCAUUGCAUCUCAUCAUAAUUUGUCUUUUGUGUCUUUGAGUUACUCCAACUUGUAGAAAUAAUCUUGCUUGAUUUCAUCAUGGAUAUAUACACGGCUUUGUUUCGAAUACAAGUUUCUUCUUUUUUAUAGAAA